AUGGAAGCCGAGGGCUCCCCGCCAACAUUCCUCGUUCUCACUCUGGCGUUGGCCAUCAGCCUCACAGUUUUCGUCCCUUUGACCGGCGCUCUAGUACGACUGCGAGCGAACUACAACCCGAAAGGCCUGCAGCUCGAUCCAGAGGGUAGUGCUGUUCCACACACGGGCCCUGUCAUUCGCUCUUACUUUGCCAUGCUCCUACGGGUAUACCGUCUAGAGGGAUGGCCUGGUUUGUAUAAAGGACUGAUGCCUACCGCUUUAAGCACCCUCUUUAUCAGCCUUAUAAUCCUCUUGUUCCUUGACACAGACCAGCCUCGUCAUGGUAAAUACAGGGCGCCUGAGACCGGGAUUUUGGGAACCUUGUUCUACAGUCUGGCAAUGCUUGUCGUUUCCUUGCCCACUGCGGUUAUUACUUAUCGCUCCAUCGUAACACCCUAUAAACUGCCGUACUUAAACCCAAUGCCAGCUGUCCGCGUCUUGCUUACGCCAACCGAACGACGUCGUCCCUGGAUUCUGUAUCUGACCCCAGGCCUCAUGGCUGCUGAGGUCGCCCACAUAUUCCUCGUCGCUGUAUUCCUUAGUCCUCUUCGACGACUCUUAUUACCCUCAAUAAUGAAGCCGAACGUCACAUUGAGCGAUUUUUCCGUUGUCAAGCUCGUCAUCUACAUGAUCGUCCUCUGCCUCAGCGUCCUUAUCCUCACACCGCUUGAGGUCAUUGCGACAAGGCUUGCCGUUCAGCGCAACCAUGCCUCACCUGAGUAUAAUUCUGUCGCGCAGGAGGUUGACGGCGAUGCAGAGAAUGUCCCUGACUACGGAAAUGAUGAGGACGUCAUCGGUCUUCGAGACGAGGGUGACCCAUACACAGGACUUGUUGAAUGCGCGAAGCGUAUAAUCGACGAGGAAGGAUUGAUGGCGCUGUAUCGAGCGUGGUGGAUCACGCUAUUGGGUAGCGUAGGGAGCGCUUUUGCGUAA